AUGGAAGGGGACGGAUUUGAGCACGAAGAAGUGGGCCAGACGCCGCAGGAGGAGUUCAUCGAGCAAAGCGAGGUGGAGCAGGAGAUCGACGCCGAGGGGGCUGAGGGCGCAGACUACGGGGAUGACACGAUCGAAAUCGACAUGUCGAACAACUCCGUAACGUACUUCGAUAAGCACACGGACUCGGUGUUCACGGUGGCCGCGCACCCCAAGCUGCCGCUGGUGGUCAGCGGCGGCGGGGAUAACAAGGCGCACCUGUGGACCACGCACCGCGAACCGCCCCGGGAGGCGGGCAGCGUGGAGCACAGCGAGUCGGUGAUUGGCGCGGCGUUCACGGCGGAUGGGCGGUACCUGGUGACGGCGGACAUGAACGGCCAGGUGCGGGUGCAGGUGGCUGCGCGGCAGGGCCAGGAGUGGCGGCCGGCUGCGGAGCUGCAGGAGGUGGACGAGGUGACCUGGCUGAAGGUGCACCCGCACAGAGCUGGGAUUUUUGCGAUUGGCGCUGUGGACGGGUCGGUGUGGUGCUACGAGAUGGACACGCAGAACAACACGCCUGUGCUGCUGAUGACGGGGGUGGCCCACGCCCAGGACUGUACGAUGGGUGUGUUCCUGGAGACUGCGGCAGACGACGAAAACGUCAUACUGGUGACGUGCUCCCUCGAUGGGACCAUAAUUGGCUGGAACUGCUACAGCGGGCAACAGGUAUUCAAGGUGACGCCGUCUGAACUCAAGGGCCAGGAGGCGCAGUGGAUAACGUUGAGCACGCUCCCGCUGGGGAUCAACCGCGGUUCGCCCAUCGUGGCGUGCGGCUCGAACAGCGGGCUGCUGGCGGUGAUCAACGCGGCGCAGGGUGCAGUGCUGCACCUGACGCAGACGAUCGAACUCAAGGAGGACCAGGAGGAGAUGGACGCCUCGAUAGAGUCAAUUGCAUUCUCGUCUCGGAUGAACUUCAUGGUCGUGGGCCUGGUUUCGGGCGACAUUCUGCUGUACGACACUGUGACGUUGAAGGUCAGACACAAGUUCGUGCUGCCGGACUCGGUCACGAAGCUGGCGUUUGACAAGACCACCGGUUUCCACCUGUUCGCCUCGUGCAUUGACGGCAAGGUCUACGAGUUCGACGUGCGUAACGGGCAGCAGCUCCAUGUUUGCGUUGGCCACAACAUGGGUGUCCUAGACUUUGUACUACUUGAGGAAAACAGAAGGCUGAUCACCGCGGGAGACGAAGGUGUGUCGCUGGUGUUCCAGCUGCCACCCCUCUGA